AUGACAUCCUAUGGUGGAAGAAGACAAUCUUACGGAGGAAGAUACGGAGGUAGAAGACAAUCCUUUGGUGGUAGAAGACCAAAUAGAAGACAAACUCAACAACCAAGAAGAGAUGUCGCUGCUCGUGCUGUUGACAGAGCUCUCGGAUCACGAGUUGCUGCUGGACCAACCGGAAAUGCCAUUGCCAACAAGAUUUCUCAAAUGUAUGGAUCCAACACUAAAGCCACUGGUUAUUGUGCUCGAGCUGUCCGAACUGCUAUUGAAGCUGCUACUGGAAAGACGAUCCAAAGAACUCAAAGUGCCAAGAAUUAUGGACCUAAUUUGGAGAAGGCAGGAUUCCGAAAGGUUUCUGGACCACCAAGAAUUGGUGAUGUUGCCAUCUUCAACUCUGUUCCAGGUCAUCCACACGGACAUAUUCAAGUGUUGACUGAGAGAGGUUGGGUUUCUGGUUUCAAACAAAGCGAUCAAUAUCCUGGACCUGCUUACAGAAAUAGACAAGCUCCAAUGCAAUUGUAUAGAGCUGAAUAA